UGAUGAUCAUGAUCAUCACGAUUGUGAACCCCAGUCAAUCCUGGCCGUCCACACCACCCAUUACGUAUUCCCGUGUUGCCAAGUCGGUGUCUUCGUUCUUAUCCUCUCCACCACCUUCCUUGUACAAAAUGAGUUACCAUAUACAUUUCUCAUGAAAAUUCUAUAUACUUCCUCCAUUCAAAUAUUCAUGAAGUACAUGCUUGUAGUUUGUAACACCCACCGAUAAUACACACCAAUAAUCACACCACCCACACAAAUCAAUCAUCUAAACCCUUUUUCAUCAUUUCACAUCUAUUUCUCACUCAAUAUUCGGCUUUUUUUCCCUCAUAAAUCCAAUCUGUUGUUUCUGGGUUUUGAUUCUUUCGAACCCAUUAUGCUGUCAAGAUCUUGUUUCAAUCUCUUAAACCUCGACGAUUACUACGGAGUAGAUCGGACCCGAAUACCCAGGGUGAUGACUGUUCCGGGUAUUUUAUCGGACUUUGACGGACCUUAUGAUGAUGAUAACAAUGGCGAUGAGAGGUGCGACGAUGUGGUUUCGUCAGUCACUCAAGAACGAAGAAUCAUCGUAGCCAAUCAGCUCCCAGUGAAAGCUCACCGCGACACAGAGACUAAUAAAUGGUGUUUCGAUUGGGACAGAGACGAGUUGGUGUUGCAGCUGAAAGAUGGGUUUCCGGCCGACGUGGAGGUCAUCUACGUCGGGUGUUUGAAACCCGAGAUCGACCUAUCGGAGCAAGAGGAAGUUGCCCAAUUGCUGUUUGAUAAAUUCCGGUGCGUACCCACUUUUUUGCCAUCUGAUAUACAGAACAAGUUCUAUCAUGGUUUCUGUAAACAUUACCUUUGGCCAUUGACUCACUACAUGUUGCCGGUGACUUCGAAUCACGGAGUCCGUUUCGACCGGAGUCUAUGGCAGGCCUAUGUAUCGGCGAACAAGAUUUUCGCCGAUAAGGUCAUGGAGGUGAUAAACCCAGAUGAGGAUUAUGUUUGGGUACAUGAUUAUCACCUCAUGAUUUUGCCCACUUUCUUGAGAAAAAGGUAUCAUAGGGUUAGACUUGGGUUUUUUCUCCAUAGCCCCUUUCCCUCAUCGGAGAUUUAUCGAACAUUGCCGGUGCGGGAUGAGAUUCUUAGGGCGUUACUGAAUUGUGAUCUGAUUGGGUUCCAUACUUUUGAUUAUGCAAGGCAUUUCUUGUCAUGUUGUAGCAGAAUGUUGGGUUUGGAUUACCAAUCGAGAAGGGGGUACAUUGGGCUUGAGUACUAUGGUCGAACGGUGAGUAUUAAGAUUCUACCGGUUGGGAUUCAUAUGGGUCAGCUCACAUCGUUUUUGGAGCUUCCUGACACUGCUAAAAAAGUUCAAGAAUUGAAUGAAAAGUUUGAAGGGAAAAUUGUGAUGUUAGGUGUUGAUGAUAUGGAUAUGUUCAAGGGUAUUAGUUUGAAGUUUUUAGCAAUGGGGCUGCUCUUAGAUGAGCACCCUGAAUUGAGGGGAAGGGUUGUUCUGGUUCAAAUUGUUAAUCCGGCGAGGAGUCGGGGUAAGGAUAUACAGGAGGUCCAGAAUGAGAUCAAUAAAGUUGCAAAUGAAGUCAAUAGGAAGUAUGGUAGGCCGGGGUAUGAGCCCAUUGUUUUCGUCAAUGGCCCCGUUUCAACCCAAGACAAGGUUGCAUACUAUACCAUUUCGGAGUGUUGUGUGGUGAAUGCUGUGAGGGAUGGUAUGAAUUUGGUGCCUUACACGUACACGGUGUGCAGGCAGGGCAGUCCGGAUUUGGAUAAGGCCUUGGGACUUGAUGAGUCUGCAAUGCCGAGGAUGAGUGUUAUUGUAGUCUCAGAAUUCAUUGGGUGUUCCCCUUCUCUGAGCGGGGCAAUCCGGGUCAAUCCUUGGAACAUCGAUUGUGUGGCAGAUGCCAUGAAAAUGGCAAUCUCAAUGCCAGGAUUGGAGAAACAAAUGCGCCAUGAGAAGCAUUAUAAGUACAUUAGCUCUCAUGACGUUGCUUAUUGGGCUAGGAGCUUCGACCAAGACCUCGAGAGGGCUUGUAGGGAGCAUUAUCUGAGGAGGUGUUGGGGCAUUGGAUUCGGUUUGGGUUUCAGGGUUGUUGCUUUGGGUCCUAAUUUCAGGAAGCUCUCAGUAGAACACAUUGUCUCUGCUUAUAACAAGACUAAUAGCCGGCUUAUCCUGCUGGACUAUGAUGGUACCAUGAUGCCGCAGGAUUUAGUGGACAAAUCUCCUAGCGAGGAGGUUAUUUCAGUCUUGAAUGGUUUAUGCAGUGAUCCCAAGAAUGUUGUGUUUAUCGUCAGUGGCAGAGGAAAGGAGUCUCUAAGCAAGUGGUUCUCUCCAUGUGAGAGACUUGGUCUAUCUGCAGAACAUGGCUACUUUACUAGGUGGACAAAAGAUUCUUCAUGGGAGUCCCGCAUGUUAGCAAUGGACUUUGAGUGGAAAACGAUUGCCCAACCUGUAAUGGAGCAUUAUACAGAGGCAACGGAUGGCUCUUUUAUAGAGCAGAAGGAAAGUGCUACUGUGUGGCAUCACCAAGAAGCUGACCACGAUUUUGGUUCAUGGCAAGCAAAGGAGCUUCUUGAUCAUUUGGAAAAUGUGCUUGCAAAUGAGCCCGUUCUUGUUAAAAGAGGCCAGCACAUUGUUGAAGUGAAACCUCAGGGUGUGAGCAAAGGUGUAGCUGUGGAAAGCCUCAUUGCAACCAUGCGCAAUAUGGGGAAGGCACCGGAUUUCGUGUUGUGUAUAGGGGAUGACCGUUCUGACGAGGAUAUGUUUGAGAGCAUUGCAAGCUCGGUUGCCAACCCAUCCUCACCUGCCAUACCAGAAGUAUUUGCCUGCACUGUCGGUCAGAAACCAAGUAUGGCAAAAUACUAUCUUGAUGAUACUUUUGAAGUCAUCAAGAUGCUUCAAGGCCUUGAAUCGGCAUCGGCACAGCAACCAAAGUCAGCGCAUUUUCAGGUGUCUUUCGAAGGGUCUCUUUGAAAUGUCUGAUAUGUGCGGGUAGGGAUUGGAUGUCUGCUGUUCUAACAGGGCAUUAGGAGUAAAGUUGGGAGCAAUGUGCUUACUCUAUGGUCUUGUCUUUGUUUGUGGGCAUCAUUAGGAGUCGUUUUGGGGCAAUGCGAUUGCUCUAUGGCCUUGUCUUUGUUUGAAGGGGCAGACUUUAAUCUAGGGCUAGUGAGAAAGAAAACUUUGUACAGAAAAUAGUUACAUUUACAGGUGAUCUGAAAUCAUAGUUGGAAAUUUAUCAAAUUUGUUUAUCCAA